UUUUUAUUUUGACAGCAGAAAUUCUCUUCAUUGUUGAAAAAGCCUGCUAUUUUCAUUCACAAUUCAAGCACACUUGCGGAGGAGAGAGAAAGUGAGCAAGUGAUUGAUCAUUUGACAAUCACUCUGAAUUACUAUUGAACUCUGAUUGAAAUCCCAUCUCUAAUUCCUUGAAAUUUUCACCCCUUUCCCCAAUUUUUAUUGCGCUGAAGAAGAAAAAAACUAGGGUUUCGUUGCUUUCAGGAGGGUUCUGAAUUAGGGUUUUUCAUGAAUUUUCAAUUCAGCUUGGUUAUUGGUGAAUUAUGAGACCUGAUUGUAGCGAUUUCUGGGUUUUUGGAUUAAAAGUUUCGUUCAUUUUAUGAGAAUCUUGCACCCUCAAUAGUUUUGAGAGGGUUUGCAACUUGCUGUAUUCAUCAAUGGCGAGUACAGGGGAGCCUGACCGAAAACGACGCCAUUUGAGCUCUAUUUCCCCUACUGCAGCUGCUGCCAUGGCCAAGAAGCCGCCUGUCACGCCACUCUCGGAGGACAAGAAGCUUGACACUGCUGUACUUCAGUUCCAAAAUCAGAAGCUCUCUCAAAAGCUUGAGGUACAGAAGAUAGAAAUUAUGUCCCUUGAGAAUAAAUUGGCACAACGUAAAGAGAGGCAACAAACAUAUGAUAAAGUGUUGGCGGUGGUCGAUAAAGGCUGGAAUAAGCUUCUCGAUGACUUGGAGGCCCGAUCUGUUGACAAAAAAGGCAUGGUUAGCAGUGGAGGAAAUGUUCAUCAUUUAGGUAUCGUGGAGGAUGGUUCUUCCUCCUCUGCUGAUGAUGUAUUUUUGAAGCGACUUAAAACAGGCUCACCUGAACCAUGCUUAGCUACUAAUUCCCUUGAUCAGAUGAUAGAGGAUGGGGAUAAAGCUUGUGAAAAAUCCAGAAAUAUUCUGCAUAAUAUAGUGACUGUUGUAGAUGACUUGUGGCGUAUGAAAGAUGGAUUAUAUGCCGCCGUAUUGACAGCACUUCCAGAGGAUGAUUCAGGCAGACGGCAACCGUCCAAUGACAUGUUAGCAAAAGUUAAGAACUUGCGAUCAGCUCUUAACGAUCUUCAUCUGAAACAUAAAUCACUUGCAAGUGAACUGCGUAAGCAUGAGGAUGGUGAUUUUAAGAACAAAGCUGAACUGAGUUCUUUUCGAGGGGAUCUGGAGAGUGUCAUCAAAGAGUUGGAAGAAAGUAACCAUGAGUUGGCAGCUAUUAAAGCAGAGAAAGACGCAACAAAGGGGGCAUUUUUCCCGGUCUUGAACAUGGCAAACAAACAUAUUUCUAAUGAUAGGACAGCAGACAAACAAAAAGAAGAUCUGCAAGAUAUGGAAUCAACGUUGAAGGAGUCAAUGGCUCUGUCAUCUUCCCGACUACAAGAACUUAAGCAUUUGCAUGAGGAAAGGAUAGAAAUUUUAAAGAAGCUUUCCAAUUUGCAGGGAACAUUAAAAAAUGUGAAGUCUAUAUCAUGUGCAAGAGCCUUUAAGUUAGUGAAGGAAGAACUUGAGAAGUCUAAAGCUGAUGUUAUCCAGUAUCAAGCUUUAUUUGAAAAACUUCAGGCCGAGAAAGACAAGGUUGCAUGGAAAGAAAAAGAAGUAGUUGUAAGAACUGAAUUAGGUGAUGUUUUUCGAAGGUCUUUGACCACAGUUGGUUCUAGAAUUGAUGACCUUGAAUCGGAGAUACAAAGGCAAAAUGAUGAAAGAAAGCGGAUAGAAGCCAAGCUGGAAGAAGCUUCUAGAGAACCAGGAAGGAAAGAAAUAAUUUCAAACUUUAAGGAGUUUGUUUCUUCAUUUCCUGAGGACAUGAGCUCUAUGCAAAGUAAGCUGCGCAAGUACAAGGAAACAGCGGCGAAUGUCCAUGCUCUGCGUGCUGAAGUCCAAUCCCUCUCCAAUGUUCUUGCCAGGAAGGCCAAAGAUUUGGAGACAUUAUCCCGUAGGUCAGCUGAUCAAGAUGCUGAUGUGCAGAAAUUACAAGCUGUGGUUCAGGAUCUGAAAGAAAGUGAUAUGGAAUUAAAACUUAUUGUAGAGAUGUACAGACGUGAAUCUGCCUUAACAAGGUUGGAAGGAAUCAAAAUCUCAAAUUUCUUAGAGGCGAGGGAUAGGGAGUACAAGGCAUGGGCCCAUGUGCAUAACCUGAAGUCUUCUCUUGAUGAACACAAUAUGGAAAUACGUGUGAAAACAGCUAUUGAAGCAGAGGCUUUAUCCCAACAACGUCUAGCUGCCGCGGAAGCUGAAAUUGCAGAUCUGAGGGAGAAGUGUGAAUCUUCUGAAAGGGACAAGUCAAAGUUUUCUAAUGCUUUAAAGUCUAAGCAUGAAGAGAAUGAAGCCUAUUUGUCCGAGAUCGAGACUAUUGGUCAGGCCUAUGAUGACAUGCAAAACCAAAACCAGCACCUGCUGCAGCAAAUUACUGAGAGAGACGACUAUAACAUCAAGCUGGUACUGGAAGGUCGAUGCAGUAAACAGACGCACGAUCUUCUACUUACGGAGAAACAAAGUUUGCAGAAGCAAAUCCAGCAAUGUAGUGUUUCACAAGACUUUUUUGAAAUGAAAGCUACAAGAAUUGAGGAUCAGGUGAAAGGCUGCUCAGACCAGAUCCAUAGACAUGCAGAAGAUAGGUGUCAAAAUUCAAUUUCGUUGGAAAAUAUUCGAAGGAGGCUGUUGGACUCAAGAAAAUCUUCCCAACAUGCUAAAGAAUCUUUGGAUGGACUACAAAGUAAAGUUAAAGAUGGUCGAGCGAACCUUUCUUGCUUGCAGAUAGAGUUGGAGAAAGAAAGGUUUGAGAAGAAAAGGGUGGAAGAGGAAUUGGAAGCAGUAAAGAGGAAAGCUGAACAUCUUAAAGCGCAAAAAGAGGGUUCUGUUGUGGAAAAACUUCAGCAAGAGCUCCAAGAAUACAAGGAAAUACUCAAGUGUAGUGUUUGCCUUGAUAGGCCCAAGGAGGUUGUCAUCACAAAAUGCUUUCAUCUGUUAUGCAAUCCAUGUGUUCAGAAAGUAAUCGAGACCCGCCAUCGCAAGUGUCCUGUGUGUGCCGCAAGCUUCGGGCCUAACGAUGUAAAGCCAGUUUACAUCUGAUAAACCAGCAGUUAAACAGCCAGAGUGACAUUUUAAUGGGUUCUUUUUCUGUUGCAAUCGACAAUACAUAUGUCCGGAGAUCCAUCUGUAAAUUCCCCCAAAUUUGUUGCAUGUAGUGUUUAGUUCAGCCAAUUAGGUUCAAGGAGAUGCUAAAUUUUUUCCUCCACAGUGCAUAUCUUAGAAAUGUAGACUUGUAGAGCUCUGUUUUUAGGUAAUUUAAUUUUUUUGUAGUUGACUGUAUUAAUGAAUUUCAGUAGCUGACAGAUCUUGGAGCUGCAGUGGGAACUUACUGUCAAUUGCAGUCCAAAUGAACCACAUAUAAGAAAUGGAAGUUCCUUGGCAGAUGUUUUGUUAUUCUUUA